CGGCGCAUGCGCUCUGCUCUGACGGCGAGCCCGUGUGUUGCACGGGGCGUCCCGGUUCUAAGGAGGCGGAGGCAGCUGCGUUUCUCUAUUGAGGCUCCCGCAAACCAAAGACCAUGAACCGAAGCCGCCAGGUGACCUGCGUGGCUUGGGUCCGCCGCGGCGUGGCCAAAGAGACACCAGAUAAGGUAGAACUGAGCAAAGAAGAAGUAAAACGCCUCAUUGAGGAAGCAAAAGAAAAAUUACAGGAAGAAGGGGGCAGUGAUGAAGAAGAGACAGCUGACCCUUCAGAGGGCACCCUGCAGAGCACACGGAGCCAGACACGACUGAGAGAGCCCCAGGAUGAAGGUGAUCCCGAGGGGGACCGCACGCUGGAUGACGAUGAGCUGGCCGAGUACGACUUAGAUAAAUACGAUGAGGAAGGCGAUCCAGACACUGAAACUCUUGGUGAAUCUCUCAUGGGUCUUACUGUCUAUGGGAGUAAUGAUCAAGAUCCUUAUGUCACACUGAAAGAUACGGAGCAAUAUGAACGUGAAGAUUUCUUGAUUAAGCCCACUGACAAUCUCAUCAUCUGUGGCAGAGCUGAACAGGAACAGUGUAAUUUAGAGGUGCAUGUGUAUAACCAAGAAGAAGAUUCUUUCUAUGUACAUCAUGAUAUUCUGUUGUCUGCAUACCCCUUGAGUGUGGAAUGGCUGAAUUUUGAUCCCAGUCCAGAUGACUCUACUGGAAAUUAUAUUGCUGUGGGAAACAUGACCCCCAUUAUUGAGGUGUGGGACCUGGAUAUAGUGGAUUCCUUAGAGCCAGUCUUCACACUUGGAAGUAAGCUCUCGAAGAAAAAGAAGAAGAAAGGAAAGAAGAGCUCCUCAGCAGAAGGUCAUACUGCUGCUGUCCUGGACCUUUCUUGGAACAAGUUGAUCAGAAAUGUGCUGGCAAGUGCAUCAGCUGACAACACUGUCAUCCUGUGGGAUCUGUCCUUGGGAAAACCAGCAGCUAGCCUUGCUGUACACACAGAUAAGGUACAGACUCUGCAAUUUCAUCCAUUUGAAGCACAGACUCUGAUUUCUGGAUCAUAUGAUAAGUCAGUGGCUUUGUAUGACUGCCGGAGCCCAGAUGAAAGUCAUCGAAUGUGGCGGUUCAGUGGACAGAUUGAGAGGGUGACUUGGAAUCACUUUUCACCGUGCCACUUUUUGGCCAGUACAGAUGAUGGUUUUGUAUAUAAUUUGGACGCACGUUCAGAUAAGCCAAUUUUUACACUUAAUGCACACAACGAUGAAAUCUCUGGUCUUGACCUAAGCAGUCAAAUCAAGGGCUGUCUUGUAACUGCAUCAGCAGACAAAUAUGUUAAGAUCUGGGACAUAUUAGGAGACAGGCCAAGCCUAGUUCAUUCUAGAGACAUGAAAAUGGGAGUUCUCUUCUGUUCUUCGUGUUGCCCUGAUUUGCCAUUUGUUUACGCCUUUGGAGGUCAGAAAGAAGGGCUCCGCAUCUGGGAUAUAAGUUCAGUCUCUUCAGUAAAUGAAGCAUUUGGAAGACGAGAAAGGCUUGUUCUCAACAAUGCAAGAACUUCAUCUGUUAGUGGCCCAUUUGGGAACAGGAAUUCAGACACGCCUAUGGAAUCUUAAUGAAGACCAAGCCUAAAAGCACCCGACAUUCCUCUCUGAAGCUACUGUGGCUGGCCCUUAUUGUGCCAUUUGAUGGUGUUUCUUAAAAGCAGGGGGGAAAAAAAUCCAGACUGUGACUUG